GCUUGAAUGAACCCAAGUAACUUUCAUUCAUCGCCAUCUACGGCACACUAGUGUUUUUGUUUUCGUCGCAAAGUGUCAUACUUUCGAGCUGUCUCUUGCAAGUGCAAAUUUUAAAAUCAGCAUUCAGUCAACAUAGAAAUUGCAGUGCAGUACCAUUCCGAUUAGCAAGGUUUUACGAAUUCAUAUUUUGAGACGUAUCAACAGAUAUAGGAUUGGUAUGGUUAAUGUCGUCAAUAUGCAAUCGAAUGGCAUCGUGUAGAAGAUUCUAUGAUGAGAUAUUUGGAACAGUGUACUGCAAUUAAACCAUUUAGACCGGAUUUGGGCAAGACCAGUGCACACUUUUAGCCACAAGUGAGGAGGCCGCCGCCAAACCGAAGAGAUCGAAAAAAGAACCGUUAGCAGUCAGCGAUCGCGCCUCGACGCAGCUUCCAUCACAACCCACGGGGGCGCUGUCGUGCUGAGCAUCAUCAUCAUCGCCGAACCCAAAGCUGAGGAUCCGCUCCAGGGAGAAUUUGGGUGGUAAACCAGAAAGAAAAAUGCAAGAUAAUUGGUGAAGAGACACCGCUUAGUGGUCGAACGCAAAGCUUUGGACCGUGACUGCCCAAGAAAAGGUGAAUGAAUCUCACCUGAAGCAAAGCUUUUCUCCUGUACACGCGGAACACGAUUCAAAGAAGAAAUACCUCAAAACAGAGCCCUGUAUGUGGACCUUCUUUUUUUGGAGUGACAACGACCAAGAGCUGGUCCAUUGAGAGAGUAGCGAGUUCACGAUCGAUCGACCACAACUUGUUUUGCUUGUGUAGUCUCGUACAUUCCUCGCGGCGGUGGAGUAGCGAUCGCGUAGUUGCGCGGUUUCAGUCUCGUUUCAAAAUUCCAUCGAUCAACAGCAGGGCUCCAACGCUGCACUGUGGGAGGAUGGUUGUUUGCUGGUGCCUUUAGACGCAAAGCUUUCGAAUUCCUAAUUGACUUACGCCAGGGCAAGAUCGUGAAAUCUGGUUGCGCGGCUCGCGGGUGUUUUGGACGACGGAUAUGCUCGUUUGAAGAGUGUUAGGGGUGAUUCAGAAUUAGAUGAUUUAAACGAGAUUAGAAUGGAGAAUAACCUGAUUCGUGUAUUGGAGGGGCAGUAUCUGGACGAGUUAACCAGUGAAUUGUGUGACUUUUCUUUGGAAGAGCAGAAUGCAGCUACUGAGGCGCAAGGCGUCAAACCUCUUGCUUCGUCGGAUUACGUGCCGAUUGUGGGCAAAAGUGUGACCUAUGUAGUUGCUUGCGUGAUCGUCAACGAUAGAAAUGAAGUGCUGAUGAUGCAGGAAGCAAAGGAAUCCUGUGCAGGGAAGUGGUAUCUCCCUGCAGGUCGUAUGGAACCCGGUGAAACGAUCAUGGAAGCUGGCAUGAGGGAAGUUCUGGAGGAAACAGGCCUUAAAGUGGAUAUAACAACUCUACUGGCAGUGGAAUCGGCUGGUGGUACGUGGUUCAGAUUUGUACUAACAGGUCGGGUGGCAGGUGGCGAACUCAAAACGCCAUCUCAAGCAGAUCAGGAAUCCAUUCAAGCCAAGUGGGUUGGUAAUCUUGACGAACUGAAUCUUCGCGCCAACGACAUUAUCCCCAUCAUAGACUUGGCACGAAACCACAAACGACGUGUUCCCAAAGACCCGAACUGGCACAAGGAUAUCCUCCCUGCCAGAAAAGCGCAUUACAAAAACUAUCUUCGGGUAGUAGUGGCCAUCAAGAACAAAACCACCAACCAGGUCUACAUUCUACUGAGUGAAAAAACCGCCUAUCAUUUUCCUACUGUGGAGAUCCAUCCUGGUCGCAGCAUUCACUCGACCCUUAAGAAGUUCAUGAUUGAACUCUUCGGAGCAGACCUGCCUCAACAUCGACCGCAUGGAGUCCUCAGCGUCGAACAUCACACCACUCGAUCGCAACCCAACCCUACGGAUGGAAUCUGCCUGACCCUGUUGGUCAUUUGCAGGCCCUCGAUCGAAAGUGUGUCCCUAAUUGGCAAAUGUAUCUGGCACGAACUCAACAAGGAACUCAGUGCCAGGCUGGCGAUGACCGUAGCGGCUAAAAAUUCCACACUUUUAAUGCAUGUCGUACGAUAGUGGAAUAGGUAAUUGGCGUGUCAACGCCGAUCGAAGCCGCGCGACUGCCGCCAGGUGUGAUCGCGAAUGCGUGAAAAAAUGACAAAUUUCUUUUUUCGGAACGAUCGACGAAUCUCGAGAAACGGCACGCGGAAAGUACCGUUUUCUGCCAGCCAAGAAGUGCAUUGAUUGUUGUCUUAAGUGUAUAGCUUUAGUGGAACUACUUGAUCAACCAAGUGAGUUUGGAGAAGAGAAUACUCAGAGGGUCGUAUAAACUGGCGAUCAUUUUUGUUUUGUUUCGCGCGCGCUCGGAAUCUCAAUUCGAUUAGAGACGACACGGAUGGAUGUUUCGCUACUUGUGUUUUAAUUUUGCAUUUUUCGCGUAUAGCAUAAGCCGACAGAAAUGGGAGAAACAAAGAGUGGGCUGCCCAAAAAAAUGCAAGAAAGUGGAAAAUGAAAAAUGGAAACUAGCAAAUUGCCAUCUUUCAGAGGCAUCGUACAUUCAGUGGAAAUCGGAGUCGCGAAAAAUGGGAGAAAAGAAACCAUGUGAAACAAAACACAAACGAAUUAUGUUACACCGAAAUAUAGACGGAGAUGAGAGUAGAUAGCCCGGAUUAACUAGAAAACGGGAGCAAUUCAUUAUUAAUAUUUAAAGAGCUUUAGCUUUAGGAAUAUGAAUGCCAAUUUGUAAAAACUCAUUUUAAAGAAUCUAAUAAAUAAUAUAUUGUGGUGCAGCUAAAAAAUA